AUUUAUAUAUAUAUAUAUAUGUCGACAGCCAAAGUGUUUGUAGGCAGUCUGCCGCCUGGCUGCAAACCGGAGGAGCUGCGACACUUGUUCACCAACUAUGGCGUUGUCGUCGAGUGCGACAUUAUGAAUCGAUGCGGAUUCGUUCAUCUGGAGACCAUCGAAAUGGCCGAGGCAGCCAUUGCCGCUCUAAACGGCAUCGAAUUUAAAGGCCAAACAAUUGUCGUAGAACCGGGCAGACCCAAAGACAGAAGAGGUGGCGGCGGCGGCGGUGGAGGUGCCGGCAACCGAAGGCCCAUGCAAGGACACGGCGGCGGCGGCAAUUUUAAUCGCGGUGGUCACAACAGUGGAAAUAAUUUCAGAGGCGGUGGCGGCGGCGGAGGCGGUGGAGGCGGCGGCCGUGGACAAAACUCAAGCGACAGCCAUUAUGGACCAAUGAGAAGUGAUCUGAACUUCAGACAGCAGCGAAGUGCGCCGUAUAGCAAGGGAUCGGGACAGCAUAACCAAAGCUUUGACACUCCUUCAACACAACCGUAUAAAAACAAAUUUAACCAAGGCAUGAUUGGCAGCUCAUCACACAGUGAUUACUAUGCGAGCGGAUCGGGUAACUCCGGUGGCUCUGGUAGUCAUCAGCGUGGUGGCAAUGGCGGGGGCUCCUCAUCACAUAACAUUGGGCAAGAUCGCCGGGGAUUCGCACUGCCCGCCGUCGAACAUCAGCAGCAGCAGCCGGUGUCGUUUGGUGGCAAACCAAAUCGAUUUGGCAAUGGACCAAUUGAUCAUGAUAAUGGCCCAUAUCAGCGCAAUCGCAACAAUAUUGGAAUGAAUAGCAGCAGCAGCCCGCAGGGCAAUCGUGGUGGUUUUAAUACGAGCCGCGGUGGUUUUGGUGGACGUGGUGGCGGCUUCAGUGGUCGACGUGGCAGUGGCAGUGGACACAGCAGCAGCAGCAGCAGCAUGUCGCAUAAUUAUAAUAAGCACGAUUCCGUUAAUGGUCACAAUCAUCAUAGUGCACCAAAUGCAUAUCAAACGGAUUUUCCACCGCUCGGCAGUGGUGGUGCAGGUGGAGGUGGAGCUGGUGGUGCUUCAGGCAAUUACAAUCGAUUUAAUGGACCGCGGCCAGCGCAGAAUAUGAGCGGGAAUCGAAGAUUUUAAAGUGUUUUAUUUUUGUAAAGCAAUAUUUUUAUCAUGGACGACGCAGAUUGUAAUCGAAGAUGGAUUUCUAACCGAAUUGCUAAUAGCCGAAUUUUGUUUUCCAUAAAUUGUCCGCGCGCGACAUUUUAAUUUUAAGGUAUAUAAAAAGUUCGAAACCGUUUAUCAAUACGAUUAAGCCCAACAACAACAAUCAACGACAGUAUAAUUUGUUAAUUGUAAUUUAGGAUGAUACAAUUAUUAUCCCUUGAACAAUGUGCAAAUAGAUCUUUUUCCAAUUAGUAAUGACAAAGGAAUGCAUUGUAAGACCACGUCACGUUCUUCUUACAAUACGAUCAAUACAAAUAUUAAAACUUUUCAAUAUAGAAA